AUGGCAUCCGAAAGCGCAACUUUGUCCGCUAGUGAAACUCCCAGUUAUGCGUCUUCGGACACUCUGACAACAUCGGAAAGUAUAAUCCCAACAUUAUCGACUAUUGUAACCUCAAACACCCAAGUAUCCGAGGAUUCCACGACUUCGGGUAGUCCUAGUACGUCAAACGAUGUCACGACCUCUGGUGACUCUGGUUCUUCCACCGAGUCUGUUGACCCCACCGCGUCGGGCAACCCUACGACAACUACUGGUACUACAACAUCUGCUGAAACUACGACAACCAUUGCGUCCACCACAACCGCUGAUACUACAGCAACUGUUGAUACUACUACCACCGGUGUCGACACCAGUACAGCCGCUGGUACUACCACAACUGUCGAUACUACCACUACUUCUGAGGAACCUACAACUACAACUUCAGUCUGUGUUGAGCCCACCGAAAUGCUCAGACAGCCCGGCUUUGAGCCCUCAGAUGAUGGAAACGUCUGGGGAUUCUACUGGAAUGGCGGCUACAUUACCACUGACGCCGAUGAGGCUCGAACAGGUGAUGGGCUAGCGUAUGUCAAGUAUCCCUCUCCUAAUGACUCGAGCUAA